AUGGGCGUUUCUAUAUCAGAUUCUAUCAUUGUUGUCGGCGCUGGCGCUCGCGGCCUCUCGGUAGCACUACAUCUUUCCCUACGAGGCUACACAAAUGUCUCGGUGUUUGCAAAAGAUGAUUAUAUCCCUUCCGGAGACUUGACAAAUGUCUAUCGAGCAGCACAAGAUGCAGGCGUACAAUUUUCCCUCGGGAAACAAGUCGACCAAGUAGCCUACGUGAGCACAUUGACCGGAAAAAAGAGCGCUGGUAUCCGCACAAGGAAUGGAUUUUAUCCCUCCUCACUCGUCAUUAUCGAAGCGGGGGCAGGAGCUAGCGAUUCAUCUGAAAUUGGCCAGUCGCAUGCGCCUAACUCCUUGGCCAUACCCCUCUCUUGCUAUACCAACUCCAACUCCAAUUCCCUUGUCAAAUACGUGCCACAAACAUCUUCUUCGGUUAUACUGCUAUCGGCAAAUUCGGUACAAAGCUCCAAGUUGUCUUUGGUGGGACCACUAGUCCUAGAUCUUCUACAGGCGACGCAACAAACUGCAGUAGAGGUUCAGAAAGUGUCGCAGAUUUCCCCUCAUCCCUUGUCUAAGCUGUGA